GGCGGGCCCAAGCGGGGGCGGGCGGCAGGCGGCCGCAGCGGGAGCUGUCCGCCAGACCUAGUGCUGAAGUAGGCGCGGACGUGCCGGGUGCUUGGCGCGCGGCACCAAGCGCCCCGUGCCAGGGCCGGCGAAGACCAUGGCGUUCAUGGUGAAGACCAUGGUGGGCGGCCAGCUGAAGAACCUCACCGGGAGCCUGGGGGGCGGCGAGGACAAGGGGGACGGGGACAAGUCGGCGGCCGAAGCGCAGGGCAUGAGCCGAGAGGAGUAUGAGGAGUAUCAGAAGCAACUGGUGGAAGAGAAGAUGGAGCGGGAUGCGCAGUUCACGCAGAGGAAGGCAGAGCGGGCCACGUUGCGGAGCCACUUCCGAGACAAAUACCGGCUGCCCAAGAAUGAGACGGAUGAGAGCCAGAUCCAGAUGGCAGGUGGAGACGUGGAGCUGCCCCGGGAGCUGGCCAAGAUGAUUGAGGAGGACACGGAGGAGGAGGAGGAGAAGGCCUCAGUCCUCGGGCAGCUGGCCAGCCUCCCUGGCUUGGACCUCGGCUCACUCAAGGACAAGGCCCAGGCCACCCUGGGGGACCUCAAGCAAUCAGCUGAGAAGUGCCACAUCAUGUAACCAGUUCCCUGGAGUUGCCCACUGGGAUGACCAGGGGGCUGGGCCCACACGAGGGCAGUGUCUCAACGUCCAGGGACCCAUAUCCUAUUUUGGGCUUUGUGUCCCUUGCCCCACCCGAGCCCCAGAACCCUCUCAUCCGUGCCCCAAGUCUGCCUUCCGGUCUCUCCCUCUCCACGGAAAGCAAAGUCCCUGUUCCUUACUCUGCCUCUCAGAACCCACCCCUACUUAGCCUGCGGAGCCUCCCAGGACCACAGCAACAGGCUCAGUCCUCUCUGGCCAUGGCGCCAAGCCCCUGCACACAGGAGCGUCCAUAGAGAGACACAGGGCACAGAAAUUGGCGCGUGCAGAGGCGUAGGCCGCAGAGGCAGCCUGCACAC